AAACUAUGCGGGAAGGGGUACAAGCUUUCGGUGCAAUGAUUUCUGGAAUCGCUAGGGUGGACAAGCGUUACUUAUGAUUGGUCUAUGUUAUUCAAGGCAACCAUUGAAUAAUCACAAUUAACGUCUUCCCAGACAAUAUCAGAAAUAGUUGCGCCGAAAGCUUGUAACCAUUCCGAAGGGGACGCUAGAGAACACACACAAACUGUUCGAAACAUUUAGGACCAUAGAACCCGGUGGUAUGGCCUAUCUUUUCAUGGGGCGUUUAGAGAAGGAACUGUUUCUGGGGGGAGGGGGGUGCCAAUUAUUGGCCCAAGCUUUUCUGGUGUACCUGCCAUAUCUUGCAAAGCUAAUAAAAAACAAUAAGCAUUGCUCAGCUGGGAAAGGGUUUAUCUGCCUAGCGGAAGGUUGUGAGUUUGUAAUGGGACAUUCCGUGGCUGUUAUAUAGCGUAGCAUUAGGUCGAAAGACUGGGCUUGCACCAAAACUCAAACUAGUCACCGGGGCUCUGACUAAAGCAAAUGGAAGUGUAUUUAUGGUUCUAGGAGAAACAAAAGUUAGAUUUCGCGUAGGGAAUAUCGAUUGUUUUUGACCAGAUAUGAUUGCGCUUGGCCUGUCCCAUGACUGCAUUUCAACUUCACUUUGACACUGGAACUUUUGUAGAAGGAGAUAAACUUCCAGGUUACCCCAAGUGUUUGUAGAAUUGUCCGGUGCGAUGGCAUACUAGUGGAACCCAGAACUGAACAAGUAAUAGGGGACGAAUUAGAGAUGGUUUUGAGCAUAAAACUGGUACUCCUGGGAUACUUGCUAGGAAACACGACGGGCCAUACCGUGUGUACAUUGUCUACCUCAAACUUAACCAGUUGACAAAGAAGGAUGACAUAACACUACCUCGGAUAAAUGACGUGUUGGAGGCCUUGGGUGAGGAUGAGUGGUUUUCUCUAGCUUGAAUUUGGCCUCCAGGCACUGGUAGUUGCAGGUGGUGGAAGAGGAUAGGCCUAAGACUGCCUACUCAGCUCAUCAGGGACAAUUCCACUGGAGAGUAAUGCCCUGUGGAUUGACAAACGGACCAGCUAACUUCACUCGAUUAAUGAAUUUAGUGCUCAGUGGCCUUACCUGGACACACUGUCUGGUGUAUUUAAAUGAUAUCAUCAUCUGUGCUUUCACCUCUCAAUAUCACAUCCGCCGCCUUCGGUUAUUUUUUGAUCUUGUAAGGACUACUGAUUUGAACUGAAGCCUACUAAAUGUCACUUCCUUUGAGCCGAAGUUGCUUUUUUCAGACGUGUCGUGGCUUCUUACGGAAUGAAGAUUGAAACUGAGAAAGUCAAAGCCGUCAAAACAUGGUCAGUACCACUAAAUGUGAAAGGGCUUCCUUACUUUUGGUCGUCAUCCUUGGAUUUGCCACUUUUGCGGAGCCCCUCUACAAAAAGUGGAGGAAUAAAGUACCAUUUUGAUGGCAACUAGAACGAGCUGUGUUUGGACAAGGAGUGGAUAAAGAAAAUGAGACCAAAAUUGCUGAAGAAGGCUAGAGGAUUGCAGGGAAUUUGGAACUUCUUUGAGGGAGGAGAUAUCGUAAUGGGAUAUUUCGUGCCGGAUAUAUACAUAUGUAGCGUUAGACUAGGUAGGGAAAAAAAGGGUUUGUGAAAGGGAAUCGAUCUUGGUGCUUGGUCUUUGUUUAAUCUUGUGGUGUCGGCGACCCAAUAAAAAGAGUCUGGACCUUUCCUGCGUGACGUUUAUUACAAGUUCAUUCCCCGAGUGGACAACCUACACGCGUCUUUAGAUCCUUUUUAAAUAAAUAAGUGAAUAAAAUAACGAUUUAGAGGUAGCUCAUUCACAAAGUGGUUCUUUGUCUAGCAUUUAUUGUCGAAUCGGGAUUUGGAAAUGUCGGAGGGGAAAACCAAAAUACCUUGAGAGAAAACUCGCAGCAAAAAAGUGGGCCAACAGCAAACUCAACGACGUAUGUCGUGGACGCCGGGAUUUGAACUGGGGCCACAUUGUUGGGACGCAAGUGCUCUCAUCACUGCUCCACCCUUACUCCCUAUCGCAACUUUUAGAAAUUCCAGGAGGUAUUGUGCAUCAUGUUAAAAAAGGCGUGGCAAAAAAAUCUCUGAUGAUAUAUUUCGUGUGUUGUUCCAUUUCAGGCGAUACAAAGCAGCCUAACGCAUUGUCAUAUCGAGAAAGCAACAACAAUUUUACUUGGAUUAUCGUUGGAACAAUAUUUGGCAUCUUGGUUGUAACAACAGUUAUAGCUAUAUGGCUUUGGACAAGAAGAAGGAAGAAAUUAUUUGCUAAGUAAUUUAGUGUUGAUAUUUUGUGUUUUUUCAUGAGUUUGUUUUGCUUUCUUCCCCUUUUAAGCUCUUCAUUUUUUUUAAAAGAAAAAUCGGGAAAGUUUUCGUAUUUCCCAUACUCCAGUCAAUCAAUCAAUCGUUUAUUUGCCCACGUAUCAUCUAGUGAGCUAAUAAGAACUCGACUUUUGGUGUAUAUACUCUUUUUGGAUAUUUGCAUAUUAUACUCCCAAAAUACUUUCCCUGGCCUUGAAAAACCUUUGUUCAGUUUUUUCUUCGCGAUAUAUUUUAAUUUUAAUGUAUACAACUGCGUUAUUGCCCUUAAGGUUUUUUUUAAAAUACUGUUAGUGUGCUUUUAUAAUAAAUAAUUUUUUAACUUAUUUUAGGCAAAGAAGAGAAAAUCGGCGACGACUAGAAGACAUUUUGCAAGUGGUAUGGAAUAAAUACUUUAAAAUAAACUUCCUUUCACAUGCAACUAGGUGAAAGGAAAUUGCUAAACGGCUUCUGCACUUAAGGAGGCUUACCUACAUAAGUCCAGUGUUGUUGUUAUUAUUAAUGCUGUUAUUGUUGUUCAUUUGACGUCAAUCGGUCUUUAACAAAAAUUACGGGCGUAUGUUCUUGCAAAAGAAAAGAGAGAGCACGAAAUACCGCGGAUUUAUGUACUCUCUUUUUAUCGGUAUUAAUUUUUAUACUUUGUAAAGAGAAAAUCUGUUUGUCAAGGUUGUUCGGGACAAUAGAGUCAUUUUUUCAUUAUAAUACUUGUCAAUGGGAGAUGACUGGUUCUUGUGCUCAUCAUUCUUGUCUCGCGAAUUUGACAGUAUAAACUCACAGAGAGACCUGCUCUGCACCAUAUCUCUGGGAUAUAUCCUCACAGCAUUACCCUUCGUGUCUUCUUACCCUAAGAUAUACUUGAUUUAUGUCUUUUCUUUGCGGCAUGGUAACUGUCACUGGCCAUCCUUUUUUUAGGACCCACCGUCAGCCUACGACGAGAUACACGACUCACCCAUGAGCACGCAGAAUUCCUACGCUGAAAUUCGGCGUGAAGAUCCUCCACAACAUCUUCUUUUGAUAACCGCCGAUUUGACAUCGGAACUUAGUGGUGAUUGA